AUGGGAAUUAAAACCUUGCUUCCUUUUCUGAAAGACGUCACUGAAAACAGCUAUUUAGACAGUUUUAAAGGUCUCGUGGCGGCCGUAGAUGCGUCUUGUUGGUUACACAAGGCCAUUGCGAUCAGUUAUUCGCAAUUCGGAGACGAUCGAAGGUGAGAACUUUUAAUAUGAAAGUUUUACUAUGUCUUAAUUUGUAUUGCAUUUUAACUAAUGUUUUUACUUCUUAGAGUGAAGGAGAUCUGCAAUUCUUAUCUGGAUCUACUGGAAAGGAAUAAAAUUCGACCGUUGGUCGUGUUCGACGGAUUGCCGCUACCGGGCAAGGACAGAGAGCGUGAUAACAGAGCAAUGUGAGAGAAUUUUUUUGCAUUGACAGUUGAAGCUCAGUUCAAAUAUUUAAGCCUUUUGUCUAAUUUUCUUUAGUAGAAAUGAUUUUUUUUCAGCAGACAUUGAUCUCCCAUAAAUCUUCUUCCUUUAGGCAAAAAAAAACAACAACAGCAAAAAGCUGA